AUGAAAAUUGAAUCAACCAGAUUUCCACUACCAAUUGAGUUUUACGAGACAGGAGAAAUGUAUGUUAACGUAGACGGAGUGGAUAUUUCACUUGACCAUAAUGGUGUAGUGAAAAUGGUGAAAGGCCACCGUACUACAACAAUUUCGUUAGAACCACCAAGUGAAGAAGAAAUAGCAACUCGAAAUGGAUGGCGCAACUGUACUUACCAAUGUGGACCACUGCAACCAUCACAAUACUGGGACGCAGUUGAAUAA